UUUCCUUCCAUGCUCUACUAGACUUUUAGAGGCAACAUGGCCACGUUGAGGCUGCCGGCGAGCAAGGUCCUAAGGCAGCUUUGCUGUCUCCGGGGAGGGCGAGCGCCGGCCAGAUACUUUCAGACUGAAAAUCAUCACUCAGCCCGGCUUGAAACCUCCUCUGCUAAAACCUUAAUGGACAUAGGAACUCGGAGGAUCUUCACUUCAGAUCAUGACAUCUUUCGACAAAGCGUGAAAAAAUUCUUUCAGGAUGCUGUGGUACCAAAUCAUGGAGAGUGGGAGAAAGCUGGACAGGUAAGCAGAGAGGUCUGGGAAAAAGCUGGACAACAGGGAUUCCUGGGUGUCAACAUAGCAGAAGAACAUGGUGGCAUUGGAGGGGACCUUUUCUCUACAGCCAUUGUUUGGGAAGAGCAAAUGUAUGCUAACUGUAGUGGCCCAGGAUUCAGCCUUCACUCUGAUAUUGUCAUGCCUUACAUAGCAAACUAUGGUACAAAGGAGCAGAUUGAAAGGUUUAUUCCAGAAAUGACAGCAGGCAGGUGUAUUGGCGCAAUAGCGAUGACAGAGCCUGGAGCUGGAAGUGAUUUGCAGGGUGUGAGAACAUUUGCAAAAAAAGAUGGGAGUGACUGGAUUCUAAAUGGCAGUAAGGUGUUCAUUACCAAUGGCUGGAUGUGCGAUGUUGUGAUUGUUGUUGCGGUUACCAACCGUGAGGCCCAUUCUCCUGCUCAUGGCAUUAGCCUCUUCCUAGUAGAAAAUGGAAUGAAAGGAUUCAUUAAAGGACGUAAGCUUGAGAAAAUAGGACUUAAAGCACAGGACACAGCAGAAAUGUUUUUUGAAGAUGUCCGUCUGCCUGCCAGUGCCUUGCUUGGACAGGAGAACAAAGGCUUCUAUUAUCUAAUGGCAGAGCUUCCUCAGGAAAGGCUGGCCAUUGCUGAUAUGGCUAUUGCCAGUUGUGAAUUCAUGUUUGAAGAGACAAGAAAUUAUGUGAAACAAAGGAAAGCUUUUGGAAAAACAAUUGCACAUUUACAGACUGUGCAGCACAAACUAGCAGAACUGAAAACACAAAUAUGCAUAGGCCGGACUUUUUUGGAUAGCUGUCUCCAUCUUCACUCAGGAAAACGCCUAGACUCAAGCACUGCUUCCAUGGCCAAGUACUGGGCUAGUGAUCUCCAAAACAGUGUGGCUACUCAGUGUGUACAGCUCCAUGGAGGCUGGGGAUAUAUGUGGGAAUAUCCAAUUGCAAAAUCUUUUGUAGACGCUCGUGUUCAGCCAAUCUAUGGUGGUACCAAUGAAAUAAUGAAAGAGCUCAUUGCUAGAGAUAUUGUGAGUGACAAGUAAGCAUACAGAAAGCGCUGAAGGACAGACACCAUCUGAAUUUCCUUACCAGCUGACAAAGAAUUAAUAAUUGCCUACUGCACAAAAAAUGGGGAGAAGGACAGCAGGAACAAGAGGAAACACCAUUUUAAAUGCUGUUAAAACAUCUGUAAUGAAGAGUACGUUUUUCUUACUGAUCCCUAAUUGUUUAACAGAGAACUAUUAAUGUUUUUCUUUGGGGGUAUGAUUUCUAAUACAGAAUGUAAUGCAUGCUUUAUCAUCAAAAAUUGGGUUCUUUGAAGCCUUAUUCUAGUACUAAACUUUAAGAAUGAAACAUUUAACUUACAGGUGCAGGAAACAGUAACUCACAAAGCUUAUAUAAAGGAAAAGCUCUUUGGAAAUAGUAGUGUGUGGGCUUAUUUCUGGCACAUUUACCUUUUCAGGUAUAGCUGUUAUAGUGAGGAUCACAACGAUUAAGUUUUAAUGAAAUGUAAGAAAAAUGUACAGAUAAUUCUCUGAUGUUACCAAGCAAUUAAUUGCACAAGGAUAUUUUUAGAAGUUUGCAUGAAACCAGAAUUGCCCUAUUUCAGUUUAUACCUAUUUUGUAUAGAAUGAUGAAUAGUGGAACCACAAAAUAGAAUACUUGCAGUCUGAUAUCCCUUCAACCUUAAGUAAUGACUUGAAAGUGCCAAGAUUCUAGUGCUCUGAAAUGUGCUGCAAGGCAUUGCACAUUGGAUGUGCAAAAUGACACCCACUGAAUGUGAUAAUCCUCCCUGUACGACUAAACUGAAGGCUAUAUACCAGAUUAUGAGAAUAAAGCCUCCCUAUUUCACUGCA